AAAACAGAACGUGUUCCGUUUUCAAGCGAGAUCAACGUCGUGCUCGUUUUCGUGGUCGUGCCGAGAGUUUCCAGUUAGUGGUACGAAAUGUCAACAACAAGCGCAAUUAACGGUAAUCAUUACGAGCAAUUGCAUCAAGGACGCACUAACAUGUACAAGUCCAAGGUGGAUGUUGUCCUAGGCGCCCAAUGGGGCGAUGAGGGCAAAGGCAAGGUGGUAGACAUGCUAGCCUCGGAGGUGGACAUUGUUUGCAGGUGUCAGGGCGGCAAUAAUGCUGGACACACUGUGGUUGCAAAUGGCACCGAAUUCGAUUUUCAUCUGCUGCCCAGCGGCGUCGUCAACGAGAAAUGCAUUUCGGUCAUCGGCAACGGUGUCGUCAUUCAUUUACCUUCGCUGUUCGAUGAGGUGCUGAAGAAUGAAGCCAAGGGAUUGCAGCAGUUGGAGAACCGUUUGAUCAUUUCGGAUCGGGCGCAUCUGGUGUUUGACUUCCAUCAGCAAGUAGAUGGUAUGCAGGAAGCUGAAAAGGGUGGCAAAUCCUUGGGUACCACCAAAAAGGGAAUCGGCCCGGCAUACUCAAGCAAAGCCACCCGUAAUGGCAUUCGCGUGGGCGAGCUGCUGGGUGACUUUAACUUGUUCAGCGAGAAAUUCAAAUCAAUUGUGAACACACAUUUGCGAUUGUUCCCAUCGAUUAAGGUUGAUGUGGAGGCCGAGCUGGCGAGGUACAAGGACUACGCGGAUAAGGUGAGGCCAUAUGUCAAGGACACAAUUUGUUUCUUGCACACUGCACUGCGCAAUGGCAAGACGAUUCUGGUGGAGGGCGCUAAUGCAGCCAUGCUGGACAUUGAUUUUGGCACGUAUCCCUAUGUGACCAGCAGCAAUUGCAGCAUUGGCGGUGUGCUGACCGGUCUGGGUUUGCCACCACAAACAAUUGGCGAGGUCAUUGGCGUUGUCAAGGCAUACACGACGCGUGUGGGCGAUGGUCCGUUCCCAACGGAACAAUUGAAUGACAUUGGAGAUCUACUGCAGACGCGAGGUUUUGAAAUUGGUGUGACAACGAAGCGAAAGCGCCGUUGCGGCUGGCUGGAUAUCCCACUGCUCAAAUACACGUCACUGGUUAAUGGAUACACUUGCAUUUGCAUAACGAAGCUGGAUAUUCUCGAUACAUUGCCCGAAAUCAAGGUGGGUGUGAGCUAUAAGCGCAGCAAUGGAGAGAAACUGGAUCAUUUCCCCGGCACCAUCAGCGAGCUGAGCGAUAUUGAGGUGGACUACGCAGUAUUGCCCGGCUGGCAAACGUCCACUGAGCACAUACGCAACUUCAAGGAGUUGCCCGAGAAUGCACAAAACUACGUACGCUUCUUGGAGAGCCAACUGAGUGUGCCAGUUCGCUGGGUGGGAGUUGGUAAAGGCCGUGAAUCUAUAAUUAAUGUACAUUAGUUAGCCAUACAUACUAUGAAUAUGCGUAUAUGAGAGGGAAACGCUUUAAAAUCCAUUUAACCCACUAACCAGAGAUGUACCUAAUUGUGAGUACACUCUGGGCGUUUAUCUACAAACUUAUCCGUAAAAUAAUAUCUAUACGACACUAAUUUGGACACAAACUUUUAGCGUUCUUAAGUUUUAUUUUGUAACUUAAUGGACAACAUAUGCUUUUUAUUUGACGAUUUACCAAACAAAAAUCGCACAGGCUUACAUUUUCGUU